AUCGCCUCCAAAAUGAUGACAUUUCUCCCCAAAAUGCUGCUGCUGGCGCUGCUGGCCCUCCCGGCCACCAUCCUCACGACAGGUCCGAUGGCGAGUGCCCAGGAUCUGACUGAGGAUGAGGAGGCUGAGGCUGUGGAUGAAGACGCCGUGGAUGACGUGACGGCUGAGGACGAGGAUGACGAGGCGGAGGUGGAAGACGACGAGAAUGCGGAACUAAUAGAAGAAAAGGAGGAUGAAGAGGAGGAGGCGUUGGUCGGAGAGGUGAAGGCUUCCCCCAACGCAGACACCACCAUCCUCUUUGUCAAAGGAGACGACUUUCCUGCCAACAACAUCGUGAAGUUCCUGCUCGGCUUCACCAACAAAGGACCGGAGAACUUUGUCGUUGAGUCUCUGGACGCUUCGUUCCGUUACCCACAGGAUUACCAGUUCUACAUCCAGAACUUCACCGCCCUCCAGCUCGGCAUCGUGGUUCCGGCCAGUAAACAGGCGACCUUCGAGUACUCCUUCAUCCCCGCGGAGCCGAUGGGAGGACGGCCGUUUGGACUCGUCAUCAACCUCAACUACAAGGACGGCAACGGAAACGUUUUCCAGGACGCCGUGUUCAACCAGACCGUCACCAUCACAGAGAGAGAGGACGGACUGGACGGAGAGACGAUCUUCCUCUACGUCUUCCUCUCCGGCCUCGGGCUGCUGGUCGUCGUCGGUCUUCACCAGCUGAUGGAGUCCAGAAAGAGGAGACGUCCGGCUCCAAAGGUGGAGAUGGGAACCUCAAGCCACAACGACGUCGACCUCAGCUGGAUCCCUCAGGAAACACUCAACCAGAUCAACAAAGCGUCUCCAAAAAGAUCUCCUCGCAAAAGGAACCAGAAACGCUCUGCCGGCUCGGACGAGUGACGGGCGCCAUGACGACACGGCGGCGAAUCUUCACCCACCGGUCUACGGAGGAGGAAGAGGAGGAGGAGGAGGAUGAAGAGGAGGAGGAGCCAAGCUGAGCGCACUCUGCCCUCUCUACUGAGAAACUUUAACCAGUGCCAAGCACAGCGACGGCUGGCUCUCUACUAUCAGCUUAAGAACUGUUGCACACACACACACACACACACACACACACACACACACACACACACACACACACACACACACACACACACGGCUGUUUUUCAUUCAAGUUUAGUGAAGUCGUCAGAAGUGAAAAGGUUCGUCCUUAAAAACAGGCGUGUUGGGUUUAAAAGGCACAUUUGUCUCUAAAGGUUGUUGGUUUUUCUUACGAUUAUUUGUUUGUUGAAGCUGAUCAUGUGAUCGUUUAGUUUUUGUUUGAGCUGCAAACUAACAAGAGUUGAUUAAUCAUUUGAGUCAAAAACAUCUGGUUCAAGUCUCUGAAAUGUCACCACUUCCUGCUUUUAUUAGUCUGAUAUGAUCAACUGAAUGUCUUUAGAACAAAAUAAUGACCUGAAGAAGUCGUCUUUUCUACAAUUUAGACGAAAUAAUCAAACGUUUUGCAGACGACUUGAUGGUGUAAGUUGCAGCUUGACUCUUGGGAGUAAUGGAGCCACUUUUAGUUGUUUUUUUUGUCACAUAGUUUUGUGGAUUCUGUCUGCAUGUGUUUAGAGUUUCUGCUGUUGCGUCACUCAUUUCUCUGCUGGUGUCGGUUUAAAAGAAAAUGUAGCUGAGUCGACUCUUUGUGGGAAAACACAAUCCUGCAGGCGAUGAUGAAACAGUCUUCACUUCAUAUUUGGAGGUUAAUGAAACACGGAGGCGGUUUGCAGGAACGUUCACACUGUUCUGAUGCAACACCGUCUCUGUUUCACUGCGACUGUAGACAGAAAUGGACUCGCUCCUGGUUUGAAUGUCAAGUUCAGGAACGAGAAGUACAGCUGGAAGGAUUAACUUAACUGAUUAGUCAAUUUGCAGGAAGAAUCAGAGUUCAAACUGAUAAGAGAGAUAUCCGCACACGUAUAUCUUUGCAGAAUACACUUUGUUUUUUGAGCUUUCGGUCUAUCGGAAAGCAUAAAUGAAGAACUCUAUCAGCUGGAAAUCAAGAUUACAUAUUCACUGGUUCUGACUCGUUGCUGGUUUCUGUAGACUUCUAUCUCAGUCUUUGUGUUUCGGACUGUUGAGCAUUUUGAAGCCGUUAAUUGAGGCUCAAUGUAAACGUGUCUGUAGACAGGAAGUGAGUGAAUCAGAGAGGAGAUGAACCUGCCCUUUAAAAACCCUGACCGUACCCUCUGGGGGUCAUGGCGGUCUCAUCAUGUGACCACACCAGCUGACCGUCUCAUCACCAACAAGCUCCAACGCUUUUGUUUUUUUAGUUUCUCUUCUUUAAAGAGCAGCGACCUCCUGAACCCUUCGCCGUGUGCCUGUUUUUCUACUUCUGUCUGUUAAACGUGUCGACUUCUGUCUUAUCGAACAGCUUGUUCAAAAUCAGAACGGUAAUAAUGAGUCUUUGUUUGUCUUUGAAAAUGUAAAAAAAAAAAAAAAAAAAAAAAAGUUGAACUGGCUGAAGCACUGGUGUAAAUACUGGCUGAUGGACGAGAGCAGAACUUACUGAGCUAAUUUAUUUGAGUGACAGAUUGGGUUCAAAUGGGGUUCUUUUUGUGCACUGUUUUUUAUUUUUCACCACUAGGGGGCGACACCGACUCACUCUGCAGGAGUUUAGUCCGUUGAAGCGUUGUGUCUCUGUGAGGAACGUGGACUCUUGAAGCUGCAGACGAGCAGGAAACACUCGAACGCCACACAGAGGACGGAGAUGAUGUUUGUUUUUCUAAAAUAACGGGGCUGUCAUUCAUAGAGAAAAAGCUUCUACUUUUAUUUUGCUUUUAAAUGUGCAGGAAAUAAACUUUGAUGAUUUGC